AUGGACCUGGGUCUUUACUCACCCCUCUCCUUUGACCUUCCCACGGCGACGACAGGGAGAGACGACUACUUUGAGUGCUUUGCCGCGCGCGAUGAACACCCACAGCAACCCUUCUUAGGCUUUGAAAGCCCCCAGUCCAUUCGAGACGGCCCCGGCGACUCGUCACCACUCCCCAACGAACCCAUCUUCGACAAGGUGGUCAUGAGGAUCAUCCCCAAUGGGCACAACCAAGACAUGCAUGGCCCGAUACAGUUCAGAGGUCCCCCGAUGAUGGACAAGGUGGUCAUGCAAAUUCACCCCCGGCCGCACCCCCACCAGCAACGCGAGCAGUCCGUCGAAUACGUCUUCAACAACAGCUUCGGUCCCGCGCUCGAAUGGCCCAGUCCAGGCACCAGCAACCACAUGACCAUGAUGUCCGGGUUAGGCCAUCGGACGGGUGAAGGUGCUUCGAGCUUGCCCAACUCCCCAGACGCAACGUGUCUAGCCCGCGAACAAACGAGCUUCCCCACCAGUGUGCUCUGGUCGCCGCCGGCCGAAUCUCCCCGCGGACAAUCCCAAGCCCGAAUUCAGAAUGUGGUGUAUCAGAACUACACGCGUCGUUUCGAGAGCCCGAUGCGAUGGUGGAUUGCCCGGUUGAGUUCGCUUCCUCACCCCAAUUCCGCCAAUCCGGGGUUCAGCGAGGGUCACGGCCCGUCGUCGGCACAGGGUUCCAAGCCGUUGCCUUCUUUAAUGGAGAUGGCGCAACAGCUCGACGGCGAUCUGAUGUCGUGGCACCAAGAGAGUGCCUGGAAGGUGUUAAAGACGGCCAUUGCCGCAUUCGGGAGUCAGGGCAUCGACCCAAAGUCCCAUCGGUGGGAGCCAAAAUAUGGAUGCGCCAAUGCCUGUCGUCCAGACUUCUGGGCCAAAGCCAAAGCGGCGAUCGACAACAGCCCCGACAUCCUCUCUUUUCAGGUCAUUCUUGCCAACUUCAUCCUGGGCAUGAUUCAAACCCCCGCGCCGGAGCACGACGAGAGUUUUGCCGCCGAAGCGCCGUCAGCAAUAUCCUUUCCACGUCAGGACAGCCGCAAAGUCGGCAACAGGUUCAUCAGGCGGGGUAUUUCCGAUCUCUUCCAGCUGGCACGACAGGUGAGAGAUCUUCCAGCCGGUGGGAUGGCUGCGACCGCGGUCGGCCAGCAUUACCUGAGAAGCUUCUUCAGCCUCGGCCUUGUCCUCGAUACCAUCUCGUCGGCCGUCGACGACCGUCCGGUGCUGAUCCACGAUGAAGACUGUGCCACCAUCCUCGGCGAACAGACACAAGGACCACCCGCCGGGCAGCCCUCGGGGCUGUGGCAACUCCAUCGCCUGCAAACCAAGCAGGUCAAGGUGGUCAAAACGCCGGACGGAAGACAGCCCAUAGAUUGCCAUUUUCGCCUGUUGGAAGAAGGCGCUCCCGUCACCAUCUUGCUCUUUCGCAAGGUCACCCAGCUGCAAGCCCUGCUCUUCAGACAACGGCCGCAGCUCGAGCUCGAGGCAGCCGUCCUCGAGGCCAUCGACGUGUACAACCACGGCAACGAGCGCUGCGGCGGGUGGUCGUCCGACCCGCUCAGCAUCUGUGACUCUUCGGGCACCAUCAACCUCGGGAUCCGAUGGCAUCUGGCCAGCCUCCUGCUAGCCGCCGUGAUCGAGCGGAUCGAGCUUGUGAUGGCGCCAUCGACGCUCUCCAAACAGGUUCGCAUGACUCUCUGGAACAUGCGAAUGAAGGCCGUCUUCAUCCUCUCGGGCCUCGCAGACCUGUCAACGGCGGGAACCGACGCAGAGCAGUCCACCGUUCUCGUGGCCGAGAAGGUGGCUGAGGCAUUCCUGGACGACCCCUGGAUUCAAGUCCUGGUCAGUGCUAUGCUGCAAGCUUCGAAGAUGUCCGAGACCUGGAGGAAAGACGGCGAGACCAUCAGGACUCCACACAUGACAGAGACACUUUCACCCAGCGAAAUAAGUUGCCUGGAUUGCAUCAGGCGUCUUGGCUUGCAGCAGUGA